AUGAUUUACGUGCGUCGGCUUCUGCUCGCGGCGAUGGCCGCCCUGGUGCUGUCGAGUGCGGCGGCCUUCAGCACGCGUGCCGCGCUGGAGACUGACGGCGUCGCGCGCAUCGACGAUGUGCGCAAGAUGUUCCGGAGAAUGACGACGGCCGCAGUGCCCAAAUCCCGCCGGCUAGCGCACACCUCUGUGGAGCAGUGCGAGGGGGACGCGAACGACUGCGACGCCAACCCGGAGACCAUCCUGGCCCUGCGGCGCCCUGCCUUCCCCAUGACGCGCUUCCUCUGGGAGACGAUGGCGCUCAAGGAGGUGUGCAAGGGGUUUGAGACUGAGGCCGAGUGCGACGGCUUCGGCAACGGCGAGGAGUGCGCGUGGGACGAGGGCCGCGGGAACCAGGCCGGGAUGUGCCGGCCCAGCGCCUUGAACUUCAUGUGCUCGGACUCCACGGGCGCGGAGCUCUUCCGCACGAUCGAGACGUGCGGCGCGUUCGACCGCCUGGGCGACAUCGUCAGCAACGGCACGGGCAACAACCGCGACGUGGCGUGCCCGGACCCGCGCUGCACGACGCGCACCUUCGACAUCCGCGACAUCGUGCGCGCCAUCUCCGACGGCCAGGGCGCCGACUCGGACACGGACUCGGACUCGGACUCGGACUCGGACGACGAGGGCGCGCCCACCAACAGCACCAGCACGCCGGCCCCGAACAACCAGCCGCGCGAGGUGGAGCUGUGCGUGUCCACCGGCUUCGAGAUCGGCCAGCUCACGCGCAUCGUCGAGAUCGUCCGCAACCUGGACUCGGACAGCGACGACGACGGCGCGGCCUCCGACACGGAGGACGAGGACCUGCUGAGCGAGCUGGUGGGCAGCUGCCAGGUGGCGCGCCUGAGCCAGGCGAUCGCCGCGGAGGCCGCCGGGUUCAGCGACGACGACGACCGCGAGUGCCGCCGCCUGCGCGACCCGGCCUCGUGCAACGCCGCCGACGACUGCCAGUGGUUCGAGGCCGCCAACGAGUGCUUCGAGGAGGACGGCGCGGAGUUCGUGCGCGCGAACAGCGACCCCUUCGUGCUGCUGGCGAUCCGCUCGUGGGGCAACGAGUGCGCCGCGAACGCCACCGAGUCCAACGCGUGCCCCGCCGCGACGCUGUCGUACUCGGAGGACUUUUUGGACGCACGCGCCAACGGCAACAUCAUGACCAUGAACGACGACGACAACCUGCAGCUCGCGACGGCCCUCGGCUGGGACGUGCAGAUCACGCUCGCGUACAACGCGCAGCUCACGCGCCGCCAGAUGGUGCAGGUGGAGAAGGAGGUCCGCCGCCGCAUCGACGCCAGCUGCGAGAACGACGAUGGCUGCCCCGUGCGCGCCGCGCUGUCGGCGCGCAACCGCAAGAAGGUCAUGCGCCGCGGCAUGCAGCAGAUGGGCACGAUGGAGUACGACCUCGCCGUGUCGGGACGCUACCAGGACGAGCAGGCGGCGUCGAUGUCGGCCCAGAUGUUCAACAGCGCCGUGUCGGAGGGGUCGAUCAGCUCCUGGGCCGCGGCAAACGACAAUCAGCCGACGGUGGCGCGCUCGCAGACGGCGACGACUGCGCGUGUCGGCGCGUCGUCGUCGGGCGCCCCGGCAACGGCCAUGGCGGCUGCCGUCGCUGCCGCGGCCCUGCUGGCGAUGAUCGCUCUCUGA